AUGUUGCAGUGGUUAAAGGCCUUCGCGGGCUAUGUCGCGCCCAUCUUCCUCAUCAUGUCGCCGGUGCUGUCCUACAGCGACCAGGCCCUGUCUAUGCAUCGCAACAAGUCGAGCGCCGGGUUUUCUCUGGACAUCCCCCUGAUCAUGCUGGUGGCAUCCUUCUUUAGGGUGUUCUACUAUCCUGGCGCCAGGUUCGACACUGCCCUCCUCAUCCAGUCGUUCCUUAUGAUCAUCAUGCAGGUUCUCCUCCUCAAGAUUGCGCUCGACCACCGAGCCCCGCCAGCUUCCAAGGGAGGGGAGGCGGCACUGCCUUUCGCGGGCGUACAGGACGGUGCAUGGGAGGCGAAGAGGCCCUACGGCUUCUGGCAAUGGCGGUCUCCGAAACCGUACUGGCAAUUCCUGCUCUACAUGUUCAUCACUCUGACCGCACUCGAACUCGUCCUCGGCCCCUUCCACGGAAUCUACCCAUUCUACUCCUCUUUGAUCGGCUACAUUGGACUUUCCGUCGAGGCGACGCUGCCAAUCCCUCAGAUUAUGAAAAACGCUCGGUCUCGGUCGGUCAAGGGCUUCCGAUUCUCUGUGGUGGCUAGUUGGUUGGCUGGCGAUGCGAUGAAGAUGUACUGGUUUUUCACCUCGCCGACGCAGAUCCCCUGGGCGUUCAAACUCAGUGGUAUGUUCCAAGCUGGCUGCGAUGCUUUCCUGGGCAUCCAGUACUUCAUGUACGGCGACAGUACGACCCCGGUCAGAGGCCAAGAUGUACCCAUGGGCUGGGCCGCCUCAUAUGAGCCCAAGCCUGGCUAUAUUUCAGGCCGGGCGACACCGACUGGCAGGAGGACUUCAGCCUCGGAAAAGAGAGGGCUGGAUUAG